GGGAAGCAGAAGGAAGCGGACGUAUGUUACAGCUACGUCCCCUAUGUUAAAGCUGCCUGUUACGCCUUUCCUUUAUUAUGUCCAUGGUUACGCCCUUUGACUCGUGUCAAGACCAAUCCGCCCAACGUAUGUCUUAAGAGGACAAACCAUAGACUAAUUCGGAUUCCACACACAGAAAACUUCCAGUACACAAAAACAACAGAUGAUACGAUCAACUAUGAAUUUAAGAUCAUCAGCAAGAGGAUUUCUAGCUUUCCUUCUUUCACUCCCAGUGCUGAAGGCUGAUUACUGGAUUACUUACUCAUCUAGUAAUGUCUGCGCUCCAAGAGGAUCGACGGUUGACAUCACCAGCCAAUUUAAAUACCCUAAAGCACAGCACGUCGAUACCACAGUCCAGGAGCCACGGUGGUUUCAUAAAAGAGAUGUUGAUGUGCAAAAAGAUACAGACUAUGCUGGUCGUGUUAAAAACAAUUGCUGGAAGCCCAAAUGUAUCAGGGUCAGCUGUACUGUAGAGUGUACCCUGAGCAUCAGUGACCUGAGACAGAGUGACUCUAGUGAGUACAAGUUCAGGUUAAGAACAUACAAUACAGUAACCGCCGAUAUACUGGAAUAUUCCAGUGACCUUGGAGUGACGCUAUCUGUGACAGGUCUCCAGGUGAAAGUGUCCUUUCCUAUCCGUCCAAACAGGGCAUCCUUGGAAUGUAGCAGUAUGUGUGGUCUAGCUGCAAACCCUAGCUACAUCUGGAUCAGGAAUGGUCAGUCACCAAGAGAAGGAAUGAAGUACCCUGGCAUUGUUUGGUCUCAUUAUAGCUAUUCAUGUGCUGUUAAAGGAUACGAACAUUUCCCCUCUCCUUCAGUGUAUGCUCCAAAGACCCCCGCAGUGACCGUGAGUCCCUCUGGGGGAAUAGAGGAGGGCAGCUCAGUGACUCUGAGCUGCAGCAGUGAUGCCAACCCAGCAGCUGACUACACCUGGUUCAAACAUGGAGACUCAAUGGGACAAUCAGGACAGAACUACACAAUCACUGAUAUCACAUCUGAGCUUGGAGGAAGCUAUUACUGUCAAGCACAUAAUGCAAUCGGACGUCAUAAUUCCACCCUUUUGUUUAUUAAUGUUACAGAGACAUCAUCAUCACAGAUAACAGCAAUAGCUGGAGGGGCAGUUGCUGUCUUACUGGCCUCCAUACUCCUUCUUGUUCCAUUCCUCUGGAUGAGAAGAAAGAAGGCCUCCAGAAAAGCAUCUGGAAUGGGAACAGAUACCGUAGAUGAGCCAAUUCCUUUUCCUGUGUAUGACAACGUCUUAGCUCUGACCAAUCGCUCAGCUCCUGCAGCACAGAUAGAACCAAUAGAACAGCAGGAUGACCUUCACUAUGCCAGCAUCAACCUCUCUCACCCAGAGAAUCAGGAAGUGCCUCGCUGUGUGGCUGGCUCCCGUGUCCAAUCAGAUCAGAUCGAGGAGGUCCUUUACUCUGUGGUCAAGGCCAAUGCUGUCCCUGAGUACUGUGAUCUGACAGAGACAGAAGGAACCUCAGAGUUGUACAGAACCGUCAAAUAACACCCUAGACUUUGAUCCACUGAGCAGCAGGAUUUAUAAGGAUAAAGAAUAACUUAUUCUGUUUAAACAGGACACUACGCUGGCUGAGGGUUUGCUGGAUAUACCUAAAUGCGCAUGCAAAUGCAAAUGAAAAUACAUUAGAUUAAGUGCAUUACACACAAAUACAGAUUGUAUGCAACGGUGAAACCAGAUUGAAUCAAAUGUAGUUUAGUCUGAACUGGGUUCGAAAAACCAUCAAAUCCACAGGUAUACCACCAAUGUGGCUCAUAGCGUCGGAAUAUCAUUCACCAUCUAGGCUCCGUCCUUUGUAAAAUGUGUUAGGCUGUAUGAACCUAAACUAAUCAGAUGAUAAGACACGUGACCUACCUGCCGUAAAUAUUUUUAGCAUUCCGGUUUUGAGGAUUUCAGAAUAACGUUUCUGUUCCGGAACAGUUGAAGACCAUUUGGUUUUCGUUUCCGUUUCCGUUCCUCGUAAAAUUUCGUUCGUUUUCGGUUUUCAUUUUCGUUCCUUGAACCGGUUCGGAGCCCUGGUACUCAUUCCUUCGACCUUUGUAUUAUAAUCUAUUUAGAAAUUGAGGCAUCUACAAUGAUAUCUGCAAUGUUUCCACGCAAGCAAGUGAAAGAGAUCAAUUUAGCCAUCUAGCUCCAUAGACCCCAAUUCAAUCUAAGCUCGCCAGCGAUCAGUGGAAUUCUUAUGGAACUGCAAUCACGCUUGAUACAAGAGGGUUCUACAGAGGGUGCCAAGGCUCUCCGUAGACUCGCUCUGCUUUCACCUUGAAUAACAAUUUGAGUUUGCAUGACUAAAUAACUGAAUAAAGUGUGGCUAUCGCUCAUUUGGAUAACUUAUUAGAUGUGAUCAUUUGCAGUGACUUACAGUGACCCGCUGCCCAAAUAUGAUGCUCUUUUUGAUUUCUUAAUAAUAUAAGAUUUUAAAAACUGUCUACCUAAGAAUGUUGCGACUUACUUGGGUGAGCAUAAAGACGCGAAGCCAUCCGACACCACCAUAAGGGCGGAUGAAUAUGUUCUAGCUCAAAAGGGUACAAGCUCUUAUCCUGCUAAGCCUCAAUACUUUGCCUUUCAAAAGACCUUUAAGCCUGCUAAAGAAACAUUAGCUGACAACAUUCAAAGUGAUAAGAAAAGAGACUCGUUCUAGAGAUCAUCAGUGGACAUUGUAAAAACGUACUUGCAAAUUGCUUGAAUAGCCCUUGUGGUGGAUAACCGAGAUAUAAUACACUUUAACUAACUUAAGAGAGAGAAAAAGAAAUCGAGGGGUCCGGAGCAAGUAUUGACACAAGACUUUAUCGUUUAAAAAGCAACAACGAUAACAGCCGAAUGAUUUGCAAAGCACUGCUGGUUCACAAACUCCAGCGUCUUUUUAUACACACACACAGAGCAGUUUCUUCUUGAGGUGUCCGCCUCCAAUCAGUCAUAAAUCCGUCUUAAUCUGAAUGGUCAGCAAAUGGUCAACAAAGAUAGCCCAAGACACUAGGCUGAGGUCAGCACGCCUUAACCCCGUAGCUUCCUGCUCCUUUUAGGGGUUCCACCAUAUGGUCUUAACUCGAAAUCCGUGGCCACAUCACGGAAACACGCCGAUAUCCGUGUGUGAGCCACGGAAUAACAGUGUAAUUUACUUGCAUUGGAGCAACUUCCGUUGACACAACGACAAUUUAAGUGUUUCAGUGAGACCACCCCGGGUUUUGAGUUUAGCCCCCGUGGUUGACUCGCUCGUUGAAACGGGGAUCCGUGUGUGAGCCACGGAACAUCAGCGUCAUUAACUUGCAUUGGAGCGAAUUCCGUGGCCGCAUCACGGAAAUCGGCGUAUUUCCGUGAUGUGUCCACGGAUUUCGAGUUAUUCGUCCGUAGUCAUUUCACGGAUUCCUGUGAGACCAGGUUGUCACCAACACCCUCAGCUGGUCCGAGAACACGGCCUCUGUGAGAUAGGCUGAGCAGAGGCUGUACUUCAUUAGGUCCCUGAAAAAAGCCGGCCUCAGCUGUCAACCGCUCACCCAGGCCUACAGAUGUCGGGUGGAGAGCGUCCUCACAGGGGGCAUUACUUAGCCCAUCUGAACUUGUUUUCGGGCCUACUGUCCGUGGCCCGUUGAAAGUGCUCAGAGAAUCUAUGCUGACCAAGAAUACAUCUCCUCACAGUGUGUCUGACUCUGUAUCCAAAAUUUGUGUAAGACUUCAACUAGCAAAAUGGCUUAGGAAAACCUUGGCAUGAGCCAGAAACGAAUGAAACAGCUUUACGAUCAAAAAGCUGUACUGCGUGAGUUUCAACCUGGUGAUAAGGUGAUUGUGUUUCUCCUCAUUCUCGGCUCCGCUCUUCAACCGCGCUACACCGGUCCAUAUCUUGAAUAAGACAUGUCGGUGAUGUUAAUUAUGUCAUAGCCACACCAGGCAGGAGGAAAACAUCUCGCUUGUGUCAUAUCAACAUGCUUAAACACUAUUAUGAUCGAGAUGACUCUCAAUCAAGGCGUGUUCGUCUCUGUUAAUGCGAUAAAUUCAGCAGUGCCGCUGUCCAGGAGACCUCGUGCUGAAACUGCUACCUCUCUGCCUGUGACCUUUCAAUCUGCGGCCUACACCUCAGCAUCAACGCAGCCUGGACCUGCUACGUUGCUGCUUGGUGAGGAGGGUGUUCGUUGCACUGACCGAACGUGCUAAAGAGAUAUCCGCCUUUUUACACCUGAUGUCCUUCUACAAUACACGCCACGGUCAUGCCAUUUGGCCUGCGGAAUGCUCUAGAUACUUUCCAACGUUUCGUCAAUCAGGUUCUUGUUGGCAUUUCUAAUUGUGAGUGGUACCUUGAUGAUAUGGUUGUGUAUAGUACCACCUGGUGUUUGCACAUAAAACAUCUCAAAACGGUGUUCGAGAGAUUGUCUGCGGCAAAUCUGACCAUAAAUUUGUGAAUUCAAACAAAUCCAGUUUCUGUAAGACUGGGUUGCCGUAACGGUGUGUUUGUGUGUGCAUACAAGGAUCUGUCUGAGAGAGAGAGAGAGAGAGAGAGAUAGAGAGAGAGAGAGAGAGAGAGAGAGAGAGAGAGAGAGAGAGAGAGAGAGAGAGAGAGAGAGAGAGAGAGAGAGAGAGAGAGAGAGACAAAAUAGGGGAAGGGCAAAAGCAGGAAGCAACUUUAUAAAGUCCAGUUUAUUGUUCUAAGAUCCAAAGUCGUUCCUAGUACUUCAAGUUAAUUCUGCGGCAUAACAAUUAUUUGAAAAGGGUUAGGGUUUAAUUUAUUUGAUCUUAAGUGGACAAACCACAGACUCUGGAUUUCCAAACACAGACAACUUCCUGUUAAACAGUAAGGCGUUGCCUUUUCUGCACUUUUAUUGAAUUACUUAGCAAACCUAAGAAACAGCAAUAUCAAGAACAAGAAACAAUCAAAAUAAGAAACGGAAAUAUGUGUAUUGAGAUUUCUUAAGAAAAAUUAUCUUAACACAAUUGUAUUGCCUCUUCGGCCCUACAUGCUAUGUAUACUUUAAAAAAAAAACGAUUGUGUUUCAAUAUCUCAAGAGAACCACAGAGGAUACAACAAACUAUGAAAUUAAGAUCAUCAGCAAGAGGAUUUCUAGCUUUCCUUCUUUCUCUCCCAGCGCUGAAGGCUGACGACUGGAUUACUUACCCAUCUAGUAAUGUCUGCGCUCCGAGAGGAUCAACGGUUCACAUCAGCUGCCACUAUAAAUGUCCUAGAAACCCGAACAUCACUCUCACAGUCAAGGACAAAAAGUGGUUUUCUCAAAGAGAUGUUGAUGUGAAAACAGAUACAGACUAUGCAGGUCGUGUUGAAUACAAAUGCUCCAGGCCCAGCUGUACCAGUCACAUCUGUAAUGCAAACUGUACCCUGAGUAUCAGUGACCUGAGACAGAGUGACUCUAGUGAGUACAAGUUCAGGUUCAAAACAUACCAAGUAGGUAUACUGGAAUAUGCUGCUGGCCUUGGAGUGACGCUAUCUGUGACAGAUCUCGAGGUGAAAGUGUCCUCUCCUAUGCGUAACAAUCCUAGUUGGGUGGUCUUGGAAUGUCACAGUAUGUGUGGUCUAGCUGGUAACCCUACCUACAUCUGGAUCAGGAAUGGUCAGUCAGCAGGAGAAGGAAUGACGUACCCCGGCUUUGUUUGCUCUCAAUAUAGCUAUUCAUGUGCUGUUAAAGGAUACGAACAUUUCCCCUCUCCUUCAGUGUACGCUCCAAAGACCCCCUCAGUGAUCGUGAGUCCCUCUGGUGAAAUAGUGGAGGGCAGUUCAUUGACUCUGAGCUGCAGCAGUGAUGCCAACCCAGCAGCUGACUACACCUGGUUCAAACAUGGAGACACAGUGGGACAAUCAGGACAGAACUACACAAUAACUAAUAUCACAUCUGAGCUUGGAGGAAACUAUUACUGCCAAGCUCAUAAUGCAAUCGGACGUCAUGAUUCCACCUUUUUGUUCAUUAAUUGGAAAGAGAGAUCAUCAUCAUCACAGACAACAGCCAUAGCUGUACGGGCAGUUGCUGUCUUACUGGCCUCCAUACUCCUUCUGGUUGCAUUCCUCUGGAUGAGAAAGAAGGCCUCCAGAAAAGCAUCUGGAAUGGGAACAGAUACCGUAGAUGAGCCACUUCCUGAUCCUGUGUAUGAGAACGUCUUAGCUCUGACCAAUCUCUCAGCUCCUGCAGCACAGAGAGAACCAACAGAGGGAACUCGCUGUGUGGCUGGCUCCCGUGUCCAUUCAGAUCAGAUCUAGGAGGACCUUUACUCUGUGAUCUAGGUCUAAAGACCCAAUGCUGUCCCUGAGUAAGCAUCUCUUGGUAUUUCCCAUAUCCCCUUCCAUGUCUUAUUUUCAGGGACCAUGAUCUGACAGAGACAGAAGGAACCUCUGAGUUGUACAAAACCAUCAAAUAACACCCUUGACUUUGAACCUGUGAUGGCAGCAGGAUUUAGAAGGAUAAAGAAUAACUUAUUCAGUUUAAACAGGACAAUACGCUGGCUGAUCGUUUGCUGAAUAUACUUAAAUGUGCUGGCAAAUGCGGAUGAAAAUACAUUAGAUUAAGUGCAUUACACACAAAUACAGAUUGUAUUUAACAGUGUUACCAGAUUGUAUCAAAUGUAGUUUAGUCUUAACUGGGUUCGGAAAACCAUCACAUCCACAGGUUUACCACCAAUGUGGCUCAUUGCGUUGAAAUAUCAUCCACCAUCUAGGCUCCAUCCUUGUAAAAUGUGUUCGGCUGUAUGAAGCUAAACUCCAACUCAAACUGAUGAGAUGAUAAGACAGGUGACUGAGCUGCUGUAAAUAUUUGUAAUACAGUGAUCAGAAGCCAUGUUGGCUAUCUGUAAUGUCAUAAAACCGUAACAGAUUUUUACUUUAACCUUGUAUUAAAAUUUAAAUUUGCAUGAAUCAAUAACUGCAGUGUGGCUUUUUCGUCAUUUGGAUAUCUUACUUGAUGUGAU